AUGUCGUUCAAGAUCAAUUCGCUACUGAAUCCCGAGGGAUCAGUCGAUCAAGAGGCUGAGGUCCGCAAGAUCCUCAGCAAGGCAUAUGCCAACUGCGACAGGACGCUGCCGAAACAAAAUCCCAAGGAAGGCGCACUAGCAUACUUCAGUGAUGUUCUCGUCCACAUCACCGAAGUAUUGUACAAAAACUUUACCGACGAGCUUCUGCACGAGGAACGCUUGAACUCGACGGGCCACAACAUUGUCGAUCAGGCCUAUCGCGCCAAUGGGUUUAAUGACAUGGGCAUCCUCGAGUUCCAUACGAAGAAGCGCAAAAUGCUCAGGAGCAUGAAGGAAGCCGUCGACACCAACGCGGCUACCCUAAAGAGCAUCAGGGAAUGCGCCUCUCCCGCCCAAGAAAAGCGCGCCUCAGAACCCGGCCAUCAGACCUUCUUCUCGGAAUCGAGCUCCAGGUCCUCCUUUUCCUAUUCGGCAUCGUCGUCUGGGGCGGUUUUCUCUGCAGUCACAUCACAAGCGUCCAUGUCGGAUGGCUCACAUACGUACCGCCAGUCUGACCGAUACCAUCGCUCACCCACCCCCGACUCACCGCGAGAAGGUGACGACGAUGAUGAUGAUGUGGACGACGACACAAUGAUGGGCGACGACAGCAUAGAAGGCGUAAGAACAGGCGCCAAUGUAGACAUGGACUCUUUAAGGCACAGAGGAAAAGGCCAUUACAUCUGCCCCCAUUGGCAGACGUGCCAAAAGGGAGGCCAAGAUCACAAGGGGGGACCCAAGAUCUUCUACCGCAACUGCAUGUACAGGUAA